UCCUGCACCAUGUUUCCCCUGCGGCUCCUCGCUUUGAUCUUCGUCUCCUCGGCAACCGCUGACCCUUCACCUGAGGAGAAGAAGAAGGAUGAUGAUGAUGAUGAUGAUGAGAAGGACAGGUAUGACCUGGUGUUCAUGAGGGGAGACCUGCUGGAGGUUCCCCGGACUCUCUUCACUCAUUUUGGGAUUUACCUGGGAGGAGGCAGAGUGGCUCAUUUCAUCCCUGACAUCAUGCCCGUCGUCUCCACCAACCAGAUCCGGAUCAGACAGAUGGUCACCAACACCAGACUCAUACUGGGAGUUCUGGCUAAGUGUGGCAGCGUGAGGGUGGACUCAGUGGAAGACUUCGCCUAUGGAGCCGAGAUCAUCAUCAACCCCAUGGACAAGAUGAGCAGCUGUGCUGCGCUGCAGGGAGAGGAAGUGGCCCGGCGGGCCGAGAAGCUGCUGGGCGACGUGGCCUACAGCCUUCUGUGGUACAACUGCGAACACUUCGUCAUGUACUGCCGAUACGGCACCGUCAUGAGCUUCCAGACCUUCCAGUUCUGUAAGACGGUGAGGAAGCUGCUGCUGAGUCGAGGCGUUGCCAAGAUUACGGCAGUGCUGGCUGCUUGUCUGCUGGUCUACCUGCGGGUUAUGAACACCUGGUCGGUCCUGCUGGCGGUUCUGCUGCCUUUCCUCCUCUGGAUGGCCUCCUGAUUGGACACAUGACCCGGACCCUGACCCGGAUCCUCAGAGAUGAUUUAUUUUGACCAGCAAACCAAUCUGAAAUUUAAAUUAGUCCUGAUUGUUUUCAUCAGAGAAUCUUUCAUUGUUUUUGAUUUAUAAUAGAUCCCAGACAU